AUGCGCUCCACUACUCUCCUUACUCUGGCCCUGCCGCUCAUUGCGGCCUUCCCUCUGCACGAGGCGACGCUCAAACGCAACCAUGAGAAGCGUUGGAAGCCCUCACAGGGCGAACUGGGCGGGACCGCCUGGGAUAGCCCCCCGAAAGUCAUGUCCGGAGCCCAAUGGAACGUCAACUCCUGGAAACCUAGUAAGGGCCUCAUGGAUGGGACUGCGUGGAAUGACCCGCCUGAUGUGAGGGAUGGCUCCAGAUGGAGCAAAGCGUCUGGCAAUGACCGCUCGAAGCGUCCUAUUCCUCAACGCCCGAUCCCUCCGGCUGUGCCUCUGUCGAGCAACUCGGCUGGAGCGCGGCCGGUCGAGCCGCAGCCUCCAGCCGACGAGGGUAGAUUCGGGGACCCAGAUGCAGGCACCGGCAAUGACGGUGGAAACAUGGGGUUGUGUUAG